AUGAUAAAUCCACCUCGUGCGAGACUUGUAGACAGGCUUCUCGGCCGUUGUGGCGCAAAAGUUGUGAUGCUGAUUUGUCGCCUGUUUUUUGAUAAUGGCAGUGAUAUCACGCAGCUGAAUAUGAGAAUCAAAUCCUUGGAAAAGGUCUUGGGCGUAUUAGCGCCGGAUAUCGACUUGAGCGUACUGCCUCGUUCCACCAAACAAGCCCAGGCGAUAAUCGACAGUCUCAAGAAACCAGAUUGCCAUCCUCCCGAGGCUUCGACAAGAAGGCUUACUUCCGCUGAUGCGACGAGCGUAUCUCAAUCAAUUCAAACCUAUGAUCCCUUGUCUCAACCGAAUACCAACACCCUGUUGACUCCCAAGGGUCAGGCUGAUACGUCUUCGGGUACAAAAAAUUGCAAACAGGACGAUGUUACCUGCUCAGUAUUUGAACGCUGCACGCAACUUCAUCAUCUUCGUCAUGCUGCCAAUGAUCAACUCUAUCCUCCUGAUGGUUUAGCAGAAUCGCUUAUUGAGCUUUACUUUCAAUGUGUACAUCCUCAUGAAUGCAUACUUCACAAAGGUGAAUUCAUACGGCAUUACAGCCAAGGUCUAGCUCAACAAGACUACUCCUUUCGAGCGCUCUGUUACGCUGUCUUUGCUGCUGCAUCACGCUUUUCGUCCGAUGACCGAGUCACGUCACCAAAGGAAGGAAACAGCGGCGAAAGACAGACCGCUGGGGCGCUCUACGGUGCUGCUAGUGGCUUUUUCAUCACUCCAAUGACCCUACCAUGUACUCUAUUUGAUCUACAAGCCAUGGCCGUGUUAUCGUACUUUCUUAUUGGAUCUUGUAGCCCGAUGACCGCAUGGUUCUCGGUCCAACUGUUCUUGAGGAGAGGUAUGCGAGCUCAUUUGAUCAGAUCUUGUGGAUUUAUAUUGAUGUAUCAAUGA